GUAAUUAUUACUUAUCAAAAUGCCAAGACAGAAGAAGCAAAGAACUAGAAGAGGUAGGAAGCCUGCCCCAACAGUUAAGAUCAAGGUCAAGCAUAAUUUACCACAAAAAAUGAGCAAAAAUAAGCGCAAGAAAAUUGUUGAUGACGAACAGAUCCAAGGCACUUCAUAUGGAGAUGAGUCCAGUAUUGAUGAUGUAACUAUUGAUAAUCUACUAGAGUCACGCCAACCAGUGGUGAGUGAGCCAAGUGAAGAAGUUGCCUUGUCAAAUUCCAGUAAUCCAAAGGCCUCCCGAUCGGGGUACAAUUUCAUAUCCAAGGAGCCUGAGUUCUAUGAAUAUACAGACUUUGAAAGACUCAAGCAAAGAAUAGAGCUCAGAGCUACAAAUCAUGAGUCAUAUCCAGUGAAAUAUGUAGGCUCUUCAGCAGUAAAAUGUCUGUCACGAAAUUUAAGAUCAUGGAUUGACCACAUCAUCAUAAAAUGAAUCGAAGCCUCUCGAGCUUCGAGGGUUGGAGAUGAAAUUGUGAGUCCAAGUAGCAUCCCAGGCACUAUCAGUUUCUUUAAGUAUAAAGCAAUGAGAGAGUUCGAAGGAGAGAAGGAUCCAGAGCUUCUGACAGUCUGCACUAACAACCCUUUGUACGACUUUUUAGCUGAGCAUGGUCACUACGAGAAGAAAUACGAAGAAAUCAUUGCUAACAUUAAGAAGAACAGGUUUGAUCAAUUUGAGGCUAGGCAAGUCUUUGAUUUUCUGAAAAAGAACAAAAAUGCAAGAUUCACUAAGGAACAAAUUAGCGAUGUAAUGAAAAUCAUAGAGUCGCGUAAAUACGAAGAGGCUGAGAAGAAAAAGAUAGCAGCCAAGCACAGAGUUGAUCUUACCAUGGACCCUAACAAAGCGAUAGAGCACUUUACUAGAAUGGGUCGCCCGAAGAAAGAUAAGAAAGUCAAAGAUAUCAAUCAGGGAAACCCAAUCCCAUCACUAGACUCAUUGAUUGAUCCCAAGGACAAGGGAGCAGUCGGUGAGUUGUUUCCCUCAACAGUUGAGCCAGAAGUUUCUGCUGUAGGUCCUGAGAAGCGUUUGAAUAUUCACCACUCAUUGAGCUUAGAGGCUGACCAUGAUCAGGUCAAAUUCUUAAAGAGUCAGCAGCUAUACCAUCGUUCACAUGCACUGGAGUUCCAUUCUGUUAUAAGGAUCAGACAUUUGAUAUAUGUGCUAGAGCAAAUGGGCAUGCAAGAUAGUGAACUGUAUUAUAAGGCAUUGGAAAAACAACAAUUUGAUAGGGAUUAAAUGAAGUGAUAAAAGAGGAGAAGUGGGAGUUACAAUAGCUAAUAGAUUAACGAAGUUGAUGAUAAGUCUGACAAUUUCAAAAGCUACUCUAACUUUCUAGAACCUUAUUAAAUUUCUUCUCUAA